CUUAUUAACGCUCACGCAUGCGCAACAGAAACAGUUUCGACCCAUGGCAGAGGUAUCUUUUCCACGCGAACGCCAGCCAAGCGAAAUACAGAGAAAAGAGGCCUCUGCUAGCAGGGAAGGUAAGUGCGAAAAAUCCUGGUGAAUCGCGGACUGCCAAAGGUAGCCCAAAUCUUGGUUUCCACAGAGUCCGUCCAAAUCGAAGCUGGAAAGGCAACGCAUAGACUACUAAUUGACGAUGAGGGGAGGGGACGUGAGAUUUCGUUUCCAAGAUGGCGACGGUUUGUUCCACAGGAAACCCAAAUCGACACGAUGAAAUUAGUGUUAAGGCCCUUAAAGAUUGCGCUUGAAUUGCGCAGUUAUUUUUACAUUCGAAGGGAUAGGGCGAGCAUAUUAUGACUUAUUUUAGCCCCCUCCCCGCACUACCGUAACACAUCCCCUAAAUUGAAUACUAUUUCAAGAACACUUUAUCUAUCUAAACGAUCUCAUAAGCGAUAGAUGAUACUAAAACAAGCACACCUUAUCGGUUUUCUUACCCUAUUGCGUCAGUUAAACUGUCUCUGCGGUAAGGCACAUCUUUUUUGUUUCCUACUGUCACACUAUGGGCGUGUUUCACCAAAGUUGGCCGGUAGCUGAAGUAUUAUCACCUACAUGUGUUAACAGCUGAUAAGCAUACUAGCCGAGUUACUGCUGCUUAGAAGACAAGGUUGCUUGCGUGAAAAAUGUGCUUCAUGCACUAUUUGCUCUGUGAGGACGCAUGGUUAAAGUGAAUACUCCGGUCAUUCUGUGUAUGUGUAAAGAUGAAAAACAUUAUUAUGUACAGAUGUCCUUGCUGCAUCAAAAAUUUAGCUAUGGUAAAAUAAUUAGGGAUGCCUUAAACUCGUUAACUGAAUAGCUCGUUGAUAAAUGACCGGAUAAAAAAUAAUUAAUUAAAUCAUUUUAGUAACUGGAGUCGGAUGGAAAGGAAACCCUUCAAGAUUAUCUCCUAAGUAGUGAGUUAAAAUUUCCAAAUGAACCGAAUUUUUUCAGAGUCGGUGAGAGUUGUGAUGCUUGUCACGAGUGUUUUGGGACAGCAUACAUCUACAUGUUAACCAAGACAGAAAGACAUUAGAAUAGCCGACUGCCCCCUUCUCGUCACUAGUCCUCCCCAAUAGGCCUACGGUUACAUCAACAUAAACAUUAACCUCUGUUAAUCAACUAUUAACGAGAAUUUUUCCAGUCCAGAUUUGAUAUCUGCAGGCGCAAGACAUCGAGAGACACUACUAGCUAACAUCUAACGUCUUCUACUAUCCAGCCAUGGAUUCAUUGUCAACCAGUACAGCGUUUUCAAGGGUGUUAAUCGAGUUUCUCUUACUAAGCUGUCUUCUUCUUGGCUGGAUUUCCCACAUUGAUGGUGCAUCGGCGACCGAUGAGCAAAGGUUAUUGGAACGAUUGAUCAACGCGAGUGGUAGUGGCGUCCGGCCGAUUCUUGACCUGGCCCGUCCGACGAAUGUCACUCUAGACAUAACAUUCAACAGUAUUAUAGAUGUGGACGAGAAACAUCAAAUUUUGUCUUCAAGUGUUUGGAUUCGGCAGUCGUGGAUCGCUGAGACGUUAAGCUGGGAUCCUGCAGAGUACGGUGGUGUCAAUCAAAUAGUCGUGUCAUCCCAGUUACUAUGGCAACCAGAUACUGUCCUUUACAACAACAUCUUUGAAGAAUUCGACAGCCGCUUGGACACGACAGUCACGCGUGUGCGCGUUUACUCGAGCGGUUUCGUGUACUGGGCCAUGCCUUAUGUGUUCAAGACAAUGUGCAAGAUCGAUGUAACAGACUUCCCGUUCGAUUCCCAGAGAUGUCCCAUCACGUUUGGCGCGUGGCAGUACGACCAAAACGAAGUCAACCUUAUCAAUAACAAGAGGCUCGCCACAGUCGCGAGCACGCGUGUCGAGAAUGGGGAAUGGACGGUCGAGAAGGUCGCAAUUGAGCGCCGAGUAAUAUUCUAUCAGUGCUGCCCUAACCAGCCGUACCCCGAGAUCUCCUUUGUUAUCCACAUGCAGCGAAGAUCGCUAUUUUACGUGGUGAAUCUCGUGUUACCGAACUUUCUCAUCACAUUGCUGGCGUUUUUCUCGUUUUUCAUCCCCGUGGAAUGUGGCGAGAGAAUGUCGUUCGUUAUAACAGUCUUGUUGAGUAUGACCGUGUUUCUGUUACUUGUAGCAGAGAGUAUCCCGCCGACCUCAGAGGCAGUACCAGUCAUAGGAGUUUACUAUACGUUCUGUAUUGUCGAGGUGUUCCUUGCUUUAGUUGCGACCGGGAUCAGUUUUCGGAUCAACUACAGUUACAUGUUCGGUGACGGCCUAUCUCCAUGGCUCAAGACUCUGCUCUUUGAAAAGGUCGGUCCUCUGUUGCGCUUUGACGUAAAGAAAACCCUUCGUAAGGGGUACGUCGAAUACUUGGACACAAAAGCACGUGUUCCGUGUGACUGCUGCCUUGACUCCCCAGGGGGGGUUACCAGGGACGAAGAAAUGCAAAUGAUUUGUAAACACAACGCUGGAAAUGCCAAUCAAAAUGGUCCCGAUUCUGGCGGCUUACCCCACAAGGAGAUACCGGGGUUUGUGCUCAACGGCCAGCAGGCAGGAAAUGGUUCGGCAAAAUGCCGGGUGAUCACAACCCCGGUGGAGUCGGAGCUUAUCCGAGCUGUCAAAUGUCAUCAACAUAGUGACAGAAAGAGGACUGAGAGCAAAUUAGCGGCUGCAAUCGUCGACAGGGCUUUCCUCUGGGUUUUUAAUACCGUGUUCGUUAUUUGCACCGCUGCGAUCCUAGGAAGUCCGUCAAUCAAGUCAAAUCACUCCGAUGGGUGAUCUUGGCCCGACGAAAACAUUUAUUUGAGGAAUGAGAUCUUAUAUAGGGGCUCCGACUUUUAUGCAUCAUGUUUUACAGGAAAAAGAAAUUAAUUACAAAGUUUAGCCGUUUUUAGUUUUAGUAGUAAUAUAUAUUUUUUUUGCUUUGUGCUUUCCAAGCGUUUUUCCACAACUGCUUGCUUCUCGAAGAUGAUACAAAAUGGCAAAGAAUUAAAACAUGAGUUGAGAUAGGAAUAUGAAAUUUAUAUGAAAUAGUUUAGUUGUCAGUAAACGUUUCUGGUGAAUCUAUUUCAUUACUGGUCGUUUUACCCGGAAGGGAGAGGGGGGGGGGGGGGGGGGGGGUACAGUAUGAAUGGUUUUGCACCCUAGGUCUUAACCUUCAAUUCGGAUCUCCUGUGGUUGAACGCCUGGAGCGAGGCUUGGCUUGGGUAGUCAGUGCAUUUAUAAGCAUCCUUUUUAAGCUAUUUCUUGGUUAAAACACACUAAAAAGAACGUUAUGCAAGUAACAUAUCUAUGAAUUAUCAACAAAUGUUAAGAUACGUAUGUAAUCUUUAUUUACAAAUUGUCACUUUAACAAAUCUUGAUAUUGCUAAUUAAAGAUGUUAUGAAAUAUGAAAUAUUA